AUGCACGUCAUCGCGCCCGUCGCCCGGGUCCGUGCGGUCGUGCGCGUGCGCGCGUUCGGCGACGCGGACGCCACCAAUGCGGCGGCGUCCCAGCCGCGCCCCAAGGCGUGUCCGGUGUGUAAGGGCACCGGCAUGAAGCCCUGCGGACAGUGCGAGGGCACGGGCAAGAAUCGCGAGGACCUCUUCGGUGGGCGGUAUAAGGCCGGGGACGCAUGCUGGCUGUGCUCUGGCAAGGCGAAGACGAUGUGCGGGAACUGCGUCGACCUCACGGAUACGUUUUGA